GGAAACUUGAACCAUGCUGACUCAUGCUUAUCAAAGGAAAUUUGCAAACUCGUCCCACAAUUCCAAGCUCCACCCCACGCAUGAUAAUUUCUUCUUCCCAGUUAUAUUUAAACAGUGCAGACAGCAUGCUGUACAUGAGUAAAACUUGCAGCGAUUGUCAGUGUAAUAGACCUGCCUGGGACUAUCAACUGGGGUGCUUCCAUAGGUAAGAAACUGGCACACACUGCAUUAAAAAAAAAUCACAAUAAGCUUGUUAACCUAUUAAAUACCAAUGACAAUCCAUGCCAUCAUCACAAUCUGAUAUUUACAGCUUAGAAUCUCCUAGUGACCGAUAAAUCCGCUUUACAGAGCCUGUCUAAUACUAAAUAAGGAGGAUAUUCCAUGAGGAUCACAUUGAGAUGACGACAGACACUGGUUUGAACAGGCAAUUCAUUUGCAUCUAUAGCUCCAACUGAAAGAGUAGCGCAGUAGAAUGUUAGACAAGACAGAUAUGACAUAAAACAAGACAUGUGAAAUAAAUAUAUAUAUAUAUAUAUAUAUAUAUAUAUAUAUACAUAUAUAUAUAUUUCACAAGGCGAUAAUGCCAGUGGCACUGUUUGAAUUGAAUUAAUUAUAUAUAUGGUGUGUUUUUCACAAAAUAGGGGCAAGCAAAAAGUAAAAAAUAGGCCAAAUUCGCUAAUAUGAAAAAUAUAUGAAAGUUGAUUUUGUUAUGUCUGUUUUGACCUAAAAAUGUGCUAUUCUCUUGUCAGUUCUCCAGAAUGUAUUAUUUAGUAAAUUAAUGAUUUCGUAAUCAUUCUUUGUUAUAGCUGCUCUCUACUUAUUGUAUGUAGAGGCUGACAAGCAAGUGACAUAGUCAGACAGAAUUAAAAAAAAAGAAUAUACAGAAUGAUACAAUAUAGCAUACUCCUAUUAUGUGGGAUUUGCUGUUACUCAAUGUUUGGUAUUGCUAACCUGUAACUUUCCGUUUGGUGUUUGAAUUUCAAUAUGCAUGAUAUUCUGAGAUAAGAAAGCAAUGUGGAUAUUGUAGUUCAACAGCAGCUAGAAGGCUAUUGGUUAGUAGUGCGGGGUCAGGGAUAUUGGCCAGAGUUUGCUAACUCUUGGGUCCUGUUGUAGGCAUGUUUCCCAUGAUGCUUAGACAGGCAUAGUCUGAAGCAAUGAUCUUAAAAGAAGUUUAAAUAAAUAAGGAUAUUUAUUUUAUUAUUUUUUUCAUUAUUUUGUUUGAUUUAAAAAAAAAAGUAUUUAAUUAUUUGUUGCAUAAAUUGGAUUUCGAUAAACAUUUGAAAAUAUUCGUUUUUGCAUGUUGUAGCCAAAACAAAACAUAUAAACAUGCCGUGGAUUCAUUAUGACAGCACUGUAAAUGAAUAUGAAUAUUAAGUGGGACUGUCUUCUAAGCACCAUAACCACUAUAUACCACUGAAGUAUAUACUACUUCGUCAGCCAAUCAUUGGCAGCCAAUGAGUGAAACAAAUGACACUCUCAGCAAAUGAUUUAGGUCCAAUUAGAGACAAUUGGUAUUGCUAAAAUGGAAUGCAAACGUCCACUUUAAUAAUAUCCUGAAAAUUAGAAGUACUGCAGAAAACAAAAACAAAAAACGGUUGUACUGUUUAGUGUGAGAUGGUACCAGAAGAUUCUAAGCACCAUAACCGCUACCGUAGUGGUUAUGGUAAUCAGACUACCAUUUUCUUUUCCUAUUUGAUAUUUUUAUUUAUUUUCAUAAAAUGGGAGAAGGAUACAGAAACAAAAAGGGAAGGGAAGGGAGAGGAUGGGUAAGAUACUACAUUUUUGAUGUUCUUCAGGCAAAAGUUUAAGAUCUAAAAAUACAAGUAUUACAAUAUAAUUGGUAGAACCAUUCUGUUUUGUAUGUAUCUGAAAGAGUUUUGUUUAAUGAAACCGAUAUUACCAUUUUGUUCUAUUGCAUACUUUUCCUAACGUUAUAUACACAUUCCACACAGUGUUGGUGUAGAGAAGGAAAGAAUAUGCACAUGUCAUGCUGACUUUGGCAAUGACAUUGCAUAGUGAAUUGAUUAAACCAGAGAAGAGACAAAAAGUGUGUGGAAGUAAUAUUUCUGUAUGUACAAUAUACUGUUCUCUGCAUCGAUAGAUUUAUUGUAACACACAUAUAUACCUAACAAUACCUCCAAAACUUCUAGGACCGAAACGGUUCCAGUUUGGGAGCAUGCAAAAACUUUAGGAACACAUUGUAUACUGCAAGUACUAUAUAUUAAAGAAAUGUACAUCUGUUACACCUAUACAUACACGAUGCAUUUGCAAAAUGCUCUAUACACCUAGAUGUUAUCUGCUAAACACACAUAUGCAAAGUCACGUAGCCAGCCAGUAUUUACGAUUUUGCUUCAUGACCAGAAAAACGUGCCGCCAAGUGGUCAUGUGACCAGGUGUGGUUGCAUGCCCCUGUGUGUAAGAUAACCAUUACUAAGAACACUGUAUGUGCCAAGCUAAAUACAGCAGGCAAAGGAGUAUUCUGUUAAACUGUGUGUGUUACUGAUAACUUUGGCAGCUUUUUCUUAACAAGAAAACUGCAGAUUUUCAGAUACCCUGAAACUGGGGAUGGCCAAUAAGUAGAAUUCUAGCCUAUCAUCAGUCAAAGCAUCAUGGGAGUUGUAGUCCUAUAAGAGUGCUCAGGUGUUCCUCAGAUGAACUCACACUCACAGAUAUAGAGAUAGGAUUGCUGAGCUUGUGCCAGUAAAAAUCCUGCAUUAUUGGGUUAUGUAUAACUUUCAGUCUGCACACCUCAGCGAUAGAUCUUGAUGGCUGUUUCCGUUAUGGUCAGGAAGAUGACAUUUAUCUUCGAUAAAUUUACUGGUGUUUGCUUCGAUUAAAAACCUUUAUUUACUCCACCUCCUCUGACAUUAUCCAACGUCGGGAAGUAAUGCGCAUGCUCUGCGAGCGCAUUAGGCCCUCCUUGAAUGCUUUCAUAUAGGGAUUUUACUGCUGCUGCAUGUCCUCAUGCAGAGCGUUAGGAUGUCCAGUGUCAGUUAGGAGACCAAAAGUCUACUAGAGGCUGUCUUAGUGCUGCAAUGUAAACAUUGCAGUUUCUCUAAAACUGCACUGUUUUACAUUGCAGGACUAAGGGCAAUAGGGACACUGUACCCAGACCACUUCAAAGAGCUGAAGUGCCGGCAAAAACUGCAGAUUUGCACCUUUACUGCACUACAUCAUCGCCCAAUAGUGCCCAGGCACAACUAUUUGCACUAGGACAUCUACACAGUGAUGUCCCAGGAGCACGUGUGUCAGGGCAUUCCUGCAGAAGUGCCCACAGACUCGUGCACCUGGCACAGCACUUCAGGGAUUCAUGUAAAUUACUAAAUAAAAAAAUAAAACUACUGAGAUUUUUCGGUUAACGGAAAGCACAUCCCAAAAUUUUCACCUACUUUUUGGGUUGUGCAAAAAUCCAGGUAUAAUUCCACUUUGUGUCAGUAAGAGAUUGUGCACAAAUUGCAAAUUACUUUAAAAUGAGUUGAUAGAUUACAUAUAAAACCAGAAAUUAUUUUUAAAUAUUAAUUGGAAGCCUCUAUGAAUACAUAACAGUGGAAAAUUCUAGAAAAGAUGGUUAAACUGAUGUAAUAAAUUAGAAUGCGCUGAGUCACUGUACUAUACUAAAUUCUCUGUUACAGCUUUCUAUCAAGGAAUCCCAGAAUGUAUAAUAGUUUAUUACUAGAAUACUGGGCAAUUCUUAAAAAAGAGAAUCUGCGUUUGUUCUUGAGUUCUUAAGUAGACGGCUAAACACAGAACAUUUUUCAGGAAAGCGUUUUGCAUACAAUGUAUAAUGCUCUGGAUGUCAUGCUUGUAAAUUCUGAAAUGUUCUAGCAACUAAUAUCUGUAUGCAUAAAAUAAGAGUAUUCAUGUUUUGGAUUUAGAAAUUACAUACAUAUAAGUCAAUUCUAUAUUGUUUUUGCUAAUGUCUGUGGGGAAAAAAUGCAUAUCAUUUGCUAGUGCUAGAGCAGGGGUUCUCAACCCAGUCCUCAGGACCCCCCACCAGUCCAGGAUUUGGGGAUUACCUGGGUGUGUCUCAGGUGUUUAUAAAAAGGGAAAAAAAACACCUUAGACUCUAAGGUGUUUUUUCUUUUCUUUUUCUAAACACCUUAGACACACCCAGGUAAUCCCUAAACCCUGGACUGGUAGGGGGUCCUAAGGACUAACGUUGAGAACCCCUGUGCUAGAGCCUUCUAGAACUCUAACAGAUACACAGCUCAAAUUUACAAGAUCCUUCCAAGUUACUGUAUAUUAUUCAAAUGUUUUGUGGUUUCCAGAAAGUAAACAUAACACCUUACUGGAAUAUUGUAAAAUGUAUACAUUAGAGAGCGUGUUUCUCUUUGCUGCUUAGCAACUGCAAGGAACUACAUGCAGAACUCUGGGUAAAAUGUAAAAUGUUCUGUAUGUGAGUCUACCUCUGGAGUUUUCUAGAAUGUGACUCUGAGGGAAAAAAUAACUCAAGAGAAAUAUAACUUAGUGAGGUACAGAUUUGGGUCUGCUCGCUGUUAUACACUAGAAAUGCUGUAGUAAAAAUUCAGAUUAUGUUAUAAAAUAUUCUAGUAAUAAUUCCAAAGUGGAUUGAAUAGAGACUCCGUACAUAGUUACUAGUUCUAUAGAAAUAUGAUCUACGACGUACAUGAGGCAAACGCAGCAUAUCAAGACUGUAACUAGAGACAGAAAUUACGUAUAUAUACAUAAUAAAUAAUAAACACAAUCUUUUUACAAUUUUAGGGAAUGUGUCUACAGAAUCACUUUGGAAAGAUAUGUUUUUUUGCAAGUAAUUUUUUCAAGGGAUCCUAGAGGAUUAUAGUUAUGAAAUUAAGUAAAUAAAGGAAAGUUACAGAAUAGAAGUCCUUCUGGAAUGUACUUGAAAAGGGAACAUAAUCAAAACAUUGGCAUACUGUAGCAAUGAACUUUAGACAGCAUGCUUGUAAUAACUUUUAGUCAUCCAUGUCAAACAUUAAUUAUUCUGAUUAAAUGAAGUAAAAGGUCAGGUGAAAAGAGAAUGAUUAACACUUAUUACAAAUACUAUACCCGCAAUAAAAACAAUAUUAUACUCUGCUCAUAAAUUCAAUACUCUCCUCAUGAGCUCCAAAUGCUAUAGAAGGACACAAAAAUGUCUUAUAGCAACUUCUCAAAGUUUUCUGCCCCCAAUCCAUCUAUUCCAUUACUACAUCUACAUAAUAUAGUUUUGGUAAUGUGUUAGAAAACUAUGUUGUCAUUUUCAUCUCAAUUUUUUUCCGUUCACAAGAGUUUUCAAAACUUCCUUUAACCCCUUAAGGACACAUGACAUGUGUGACAUGUCAUGAUUCCCUUUUAUUCCAGAAGUUUGGUCCUUAAGGGGUUAAAGGGACUCUCCAGGCAGAGGAUUUUACUCACCUGGUUCCAGCGCCGGGAGCCUCGUGAAGCCGGGCGCGAGCAGGGAGCAAUCAGACGCUUCCAUUUGCACAUGCGCAUUCAUGCCGCCCUCUGAAGUCCAUGCAUGUGGUGUGCACGGCUGCGAGCUGAGCUGACUGACAGCUCAGCUCGCGGUCUUUGCCCGCCCCCUCUCCUCUGCUGACAGGCAGAACAGAGAAGGCGCGCACACAGUGCCUUCUCUCUCCUGCACACGUCAGACAUAUUUUAAUAUGUCUGACGUGUACAAGGCCUUUUUAGGGCCCUACAUGAUAGGAAGUCCCUCUGGUGGCCGUCUGAGUGACAGCCACUGGAGGUAUUCCUAUCAAUCAAUGUAAACAUUGUAUUUUCUUUGAAAAUACAGUGUCUACAUUAGAUUGCCUGCAGGGAGCUAUAGAUCAUACCUGAACAAAAACAUUAAGCUGUAGUUGUUCAGGUGACUAUAGUGUCCCUUUAAGGUUUAAGUACUUUAACCUCCAGGUUUUUGGUGGAGUGAUCAGUCUGGGUGAAAUGGUGUCAAACAGGGGGCAGUAUUUGCGUUACUUGCAUUUUUUUGACUGAGUGACUGUGCCGGUUCAUCCUGGGGAGAUUUUCUCCAUUUUAGCAAUCUUUGUCACAUGUUGUACCCUCCCGUGCUCAUGACCUGGGAAAGGGGGGGAGGGAGGGCAAACAUUUACAAGAAAAAAUUGGAGAACAUCAUAUAAAGGAGGAACUCUCUUAUCACACACAAGUUAUGCUGAGUAAUACUACAGUGAAUCUUCACACAAGGCCUGAAAUAGUUCUGAAGUGGUUUGAUUAGUACAGUUUACUAUGUACUAUCAAACUAUCGGCUAGGAAGUGUACACUUUCAAAUAACCUCAGAACACCUUUUACUUUCCUCUAGAACAGAGUUUCCCAAACUAGUCCUCAAGACCCACCAACAGUCCAGGUUUUGUUAGUAUCUCCAUUUAGAAUAAAACUGGGAAAUACAUAAAUCCUGGACUGUUGGUGGGCCACGAGGACUGGUUUGGGAACCACUGCUCUAGAAGACAUUCGCUAAAAUUCAAAAUGGACACAAAUAGAAAUCAGAAUUGCAAAAUUCAAGCUAACAUAGCCCAGUCGUAGUGAUAGCGGAGUUUGAGAUUUUUUUUCAGAUAUGGCAUCAACGUUGCUUCCUUCAAGAAUACGGUUGGCUGCCUCAAUGCACACCAUUGUGGGAAAUGAAACCCACAAAAAUCCACCUGCGCUAAGGUUCACCAUCACUACAGUACAGUCUGCCAUGUUGCCACACAAAAUGUAACUAGCCAAAGAUGGGCACUUUCAAAACAGACAGUGUCCUGUUAACAAAUUUGCUUCCUGGUACAUCCAUUUUUUUUUUGUACUUUAGUAAAAACAAUAAAAUGAGUAUUAAUGCUAAAAUAGUAAAGGGAAGAUAAUAUACACAGAAAAUAUAAAAAGCAUAUAAUACCUGUGUAUUCUUAAGGUGAGAUCAAUAGAUCUAAAUGUGAAUGUAUUUGUUAUGUGAAUAUAUUGGCGUACCGAUUUACAUUUUUGUUUUCUAGAAUUUUUUGUACAUUUUAUUUGUAGUCUCCUCUCUCAUUGUAAAGUAUUCUUGCAGUCCUCUCUUGCAUUAUAUAGCAGUGCAAGAAUCAAAGAUGAACUUCAGUUUUACAGCAAUCAUGGAAAAGUGCAACAUAAAAUGCUAUCUGAUCUUUGAAGUUAUGCUUUAUUUAGUUAUGUAUUUUUUUUAAGUUUAAUACUUUGCAAUCAGGUUUAAAAAAGUGUGAGACAGCAGAGAAAAAAUGUGACCUGAACUAGAAUCAUAACUAAGAAAAAAAUGUGUGCAAAAGGUCAGCAUAACUCCGAAUACAGAACAAACAUACAGCACACACACAUAUAAUAUACAGGAGAUGCAUUCUGGAUAAAUGCCUGAGCAAAGUGUGACACAAAGUCAGAGGAGCAAGACCGGCCAAGAUAAGUCAAUCAAGAAAGAAAUACAAUGCAUUUCAUGAAUAGAUCAGAUCCCCUUCUGCCUUCGGGCCUGGGUGGUGGGUUCACUGGAGUGUGUCUCUAGCGGAAGUUGAUUCUUUGUUUGGAGCACAUUUCAUUUGCGUUGCCUUGCCUUAUCAAGCUUUAUUGUCGGAAACAUCACUCGCGAAUAUUAUGCGAUCGGCUGUCUGGUCGCAUGUCAACAUUUUUUGUGUUUUUUAUUUCCAUCCUUCUCAUGCCUUUUUCUGUCUCUUAACGGAGCAUUAAAACCGCAAACAUGAAACCUCCUGUCACGUAUUAAAAUUGUAAAAUAUACUAGCUUUAUUGUACCUACAGUCUUAAUGAUUUCUCUCCUUACCCGUCUCUGAUGUCGGUAAGUUUGUCUAUAUUGGUUGGUAACUACCAUUGAUGUGUUGACUGUUAUGUCAUACUUUAGAAUAUUUGAUAUGUUGUGUGAAUAUGUAGUUAUAUAAAUCGUAUAUCUUGUGUUGAUAUAUACUUACGGGUUAAUGUACUGUAAUGAUAUGAAUAUAUUCUAGUUUUAAAUCUCAUGUCCUUUUCUUAAUUAACACUGUUUCGCCUCUUGCCUGGAUUUGGCCUUGUUACUUCUUGAUGGGGCUCACCUUCUGUUCCAGUUAUUCUGUGUAUUGAUUCAGAGUUAUUUAUCAUCCCAAUCCUGUUUUUAUACUUUUAUCUAUUUAUGUUAAUUGAAAGAGGAGGUGCUUUUGCAGGCUAGGGUAUGUGUUGCCUCUCUACUGUUUUAUGAUUGGUUAAUGUUUUUUUUUCCACUUCUGCUGCUAUUGAUUGAGUAGUAGAGAAAGAUAAGAAAAUAUUCUCAUCCUAUCAUUAUUAAAAUUUUAAUUAUAGGUAAAAGUAGCAUAAUCAACAAUUUGGAACUGAAGUAACUCAACUGGAAGCCCAACUGAUUUAGAGAUUUCUUUUUUCCAGUUUGCUACUUUGUCCCUAAAUUUUAAAUGAAUUUGGUAAAUAAUCCCAACAGUGUUAUUUCAAAUAUGCAAGAGCACUCACAUGGAUUAUUAAGAGUAAACCAAUCAUACUGUUAAGAAAAUAUAUGUUUCAAAAUAUAUUUGUUUUAGGCUUCCUAGAAACAGACAGGCAUGUUUUUUAUUUUUUUUCUAGUUUAGACAUGUAUUAUGAUUAUCCAAUUAUGUAAUCACAAUAGCUGGCAUGACAUUGGCAUUAUGCCGGCAGCACCAUUUGUGUAAGUAGAGGGCAUGGCAUUUGAAUAGAGGCGCAUUGUAAGCAGCAUGGCAGGUUGAGACAAUGAAUAGUAGAAACGUUUGAAUGACAGUGAAAUAUAAGAUUGCACCCACUUCAGAAGGCAUGGAAUUUGUUCACUCCCUUCCAGAUGCACAUCCCAGCCAGCCAAGUUGAAUCCAUUAAUUAUAUAGACAGGCCAAGGCACAUCUUAAGGUACUGGAAGGAUUUAUCCCAAUAUAUUAUUGUUAUAUUUGCUUACAGCCAAAGUAGUGAAAACUGAUAAUCUAAACAUGAAUUAUGUGUUGAAAAUGGUUCCAUCUGCCACAGCUGUGCUAUCGAUUGUGCCCAACUAUCUUAUAUAUUGACUGAUCUAGCUGCCUAGAACGUUGUACAACAUCUUAACCCCAGCAACCACUGUCUAGUUACCUCCAGUAUCAUGCGGAGUACAUAAGUUCACAAGCAUUCAAGAUAAGAGACUAUGUGCAUAGCUCAAGUCUACACAAUUGUUCCAGUGAGAUCACCACAUAUAAUAAACAAUACAGAUGGAUUUAGUGGUAUCAUGAAGAUAAACAAAGUUUAAUCAAUAACCAAAUGCCUAUUUUCUUCUGUAAUUACAGACCAUUGGACCUGCCCAGUGCCAAGAUGCCUGCGGGAUUAAAACUGCACUUCACAAGCAAACAAACUCCUAUCCCAGUGGUUGUUAUAGGUAAGCUUUUAUGUCUGAUGAAUUACUGCCAUUUGGCAUUAACGGAACUCAAACAGCGAGCAGGAGUAAUUUUCCUAUAGCAAAGCACAAUUUUUAGGGAACAACAUUGACAGAAAAUCCAUUACUAAAUCCUUAUUUUACCAGGAAGCAGAUUUCAUGAGCCUAGUGACAAAGGAGAAAUGUUUAGAGAUUGAUUGAGUACUUCGUUAAUGUAAUUAGUCCUUUAAUAAAGAGGAAGAGGUAGUAUUGAUAGAUGCCAGUCAAUGACUGAUACCAAUUUACUAGGAGCUGAUUGGCGUAAAUUACAGUUGUAGAGCAAGGUUCUUCAAAUGUGUUUCAGGCCAGAAAGUCAUGUAUUCCAUACUUUAGAACAGAUGUCUACCAUUAACACACGUGUUCAAGCAGGAAUGCUGUUAUUUACAGUACUGUUGAAUAUGUUGGAGAUUUGUAGAUUAGCUGGAGGUGGCCUAAGAAACAAAUAGUUGCAACAAGACGAGCUGGAUGUACAGGAUUAGAUGGUGGCGAGGCCCCUGCUCAAAGAAGCUUACCAUGAAAUUCCUGUUUGAUGAAUCUUCUUGAGAAGAAUUCUGGGCUCGAGGAUAUACAUAUCUAGUUUAGGGACAGACUGAAGUGUCUUAUGUGCUGAGAGAAUGGCAUGGAGGGACUAGAUUUGUAAGUGAAUCACUCUAUUAUGGAGGUUGACCUAGAUCUUAGUGCUGAAAUGUCUUUCAAAACAAGGAAGAGUGUUUUAUGAACAUAUUAAAAUAAUUCUUGUAAAUUCUGUUACGAAAUCCACCAUUCUCCAUUUGCUACAAAGAAUUGUGUUUGUGAACAUACAAGAACAUGUUAUAACGUCCCACAGUUCUGUUAUGAAAUCCUUAUUACGUCAGUGUUUGAAGCCUUGCCUAUCGUGAGUUCAUCUCUGCUUGCCAGAGUCCGAAAAGUAACUAUGCAGGAUCUUAGUGGGGCUAAUAGAGCCUAGUUCAGCCAGCAAUUUUAUAUAUAUAUAUUUGGAAUAAACCAAACACCAUAACCUCAAUAGCACCCUGAGUGCUCCUCCAGUGGAAGUAGUGAAAUAAUUGAGGAGGCCUGUGCACUGCAAAAACAUUUGGCUUGGCAUUAUAAUUUUUCCAGAAAAAUAAAAAAAUAGAUACCUUUCAGGACACCCAAAUUUCUGGUGAAAGUCAGCUUGGCUCAGCAUGAAAGAAUAUCAGUGCUAGAAAACUGUUUCAGCAACCGAACCAGACAAACCAAAACAUCUAAAAAAUUGGACAAUCCGUGUAAUCCAAAUUUUAUAUAUAUAUAUAUAUAUAUAUAUAUAUAUAUAUAUAUAUUUCCACAAUCCCAGCAAUCUAGUUCCCGGUCUUUAAUGAUGCUCCGGUGCCAACUCCAGCCAUAAUAUAGGAAAGAAGAUGAGUGCACUCUGGGGACUGUAGUAGUAAAGUAGAAAUGCUUUUAUUUAGCACAAAUAAACAUCACUGUUUCAAUCCUCCUUGACUGGUCUUGAGAAAAGUCCAGGAGGAUUGAAACGUUGAUGUUUAUUUGUGCUAAAUAAAAGCAUUUCUGCUUUACUACUACAGUCUCCAGAGUGCACUCUUUCAUAAUAUAUAUAUAUAUGAAACUAUUGGACAAUAGAGGUGCCCCAGUAAACAAGAUUGUUUUAAAUGGAAUAUUUAUAAAACGUGUACUUCUUUUUUGGUUUUGGAACUCACAAUGUUUUUUUGUAUUAGGUAAUGGUCCAUCAGGAAUCUGCCUCUCUUAUCUGUUGUCUGGUUACACCCCAUAUAUAAGGGAAGGAGCUGAACAUCCGAACCCAAUUCUGCAAAGGAAGCUGGUGGAAUCCCCAGGAACUGCUAUUACCAUGCAGGUUUGUCUAAAUCCAUGGAUUCUUUAUAUGCACCUACAGGCAUUUUUUUUUUUUUUUUUACAGUAGACAUCAGCUGUGUAUUAUAUAAAACAAAAUUAUUAUAAUGCUCUGAGGAAGAGAAAGGUGACCAUUCUGGUGAACAUAAGGAGUACCGAGGAACAGAACUUUGCUGCAUGCCGCACUAUUAGGUAGCAUGGCAGAAUUGUAUUUAAUAUUUGGAUGUGCAUCAUAUGCUUUAUUGGUGACCCUAUAGAGUACCAGCAGCACACCAUGAGUGGAGAGGAGGGUACGCUUCCGGACGUAUCCUCCACUCUCUAUCAGUGGAGGGGUCAUCAAGUUUUCCAUUGGGCUCAAGGUGUUUCUAGAACCUAGCCACCCUCCUGGAUACACCCAUCAUAGAAUAUCCGGAAUCAUUCACAUAUGCAGACUUUGAUUAAUGCAUAGCUAAUGGUAAAUCACACUAAUACAUGCACAUAAAAAAAUACAAAAAAUGGUUCAGGCACUCCAGGAUCCAGAAAUGGCAAUUUUAUUGCAGCCCAAAGUAACACAACGUUUCGACCUUGCGGUCUUUGUCCAGCUAUCAAAUACAUAUAUCACAGCAAAUUAUGUGACAUUAAUAAGGAAGUUACAGCUGUAACAGAAAUCUCAGUCCAAUAGAAUAUAGUAAAAUGUUCAAAUAAGAGAGAAUUAAUUAAAUGAAAUUUAAUAGAUAAUUAGUCAAUAUAGUAACUAACCGUUAGAUAAAUUACUUUGGACUUCAAUAAAAUUGCCAUUUCUGGAUCUUGGAGUGCCUGAACCAUUUUUUGUAUUUCAUGCUAUUGCCAGUGGAACCUGGUGCUUGGUCCUGGUUUGGUUGCACCCCGGCUCAGAUUCAUGGGAUUAAGUGCAGUUCCUCAUGUUUAUGGAACUAAUACAUGCAGUCUUUUAAAAAAAUGUUUUAAAGCAACACAUCAUCCGCUAAAGCGUGUUAGCUACAAUUGAAGUGCUUAAGGGGCUAACGUCUGUGCCCUUUGUCUUACUUUAUAAAUGUAUACAUUUAUUUUUAAUGUUGGAGUGUUCUUUUAAAUAUGAAAUACUGAAACACAGAAAAUGGACUGUUAAGCUGCUACACACUGUAAAAUAUCAAGAAUGUCAACUUUUGAUCUUUGCCAGAAGUAUCAAACAGCAUUCCACAGUGUCAGGAGACACAUUUUUUUUUUUUUUUUAAAGUCCAUUACUUUUUUGUGCAAUCUGUGUGUUUUGAAAUCUGUGAAAAUGAUUUCUGAAAAACUAGUAAUUAUCCCUCUGGGGAAUUUUUUAACAACUCUGUAAGUAGCCUGCCUGUUCAAAAAGGAUUCUAUGUGAUGUCUAUUCACUAAAAUGUGAAUUGUGCAAGCUUAGACCUAAAUGACAAUAUUUGGAAUAAAUAGCAAAGCUGUGGCUAUAGCUGAAUACAAGAUUUUCUUUCACAUUUCAGCUAUUUUAGCCUUAUUUUUACCUUUUGUUUGUUUCUCACCUAAAGACCACCCAGACCACACCCUCUCCCAACCAGGAAGCCACUCUAUUAGCUAUCUGAGUGACUACCACAAGAUACCACGAUAGGAGGCAAUGUAAACACUGCCUUUUCUCAGAAAAGGCAGUGCUUACACUGCAGAGACUGCAAGGAUGGUCCCUUUGCCCCAGAACCACUACUUCAAGUUGUGGUGGUUGUGGUGUUUAGGGUUUCUCUUUAACUACAGAAGGUUAGCUGGGUAGACCACAGCAAUAGCAACUCAGUUAAUACUUACGUCUGGUUUUAUGUAGCUCUUGGAAUGUCUCUUAGGGAUUAUCUGUGACUUUAUUGGCUCUUUAUCAUUUACAGUUUAUAAUAAAAAACACCUGUGAGUCACAGAGCCAAGAUUCUAUAACACAAGGGAUUUUUAAGAGCACGUAGAAGGAUUGAGAGUAACAGCACAUGAAUAGACUUACAGUCUCAGCACUACAGUACCCAUAUAUUAUUAAAGGAACACCCCUUCACCUGGACAUAUUUAAUGCAUGUUAGGCCUGUCUGGCUUUUGUAAGCAAGAUGGUUGUUGCACAGCAACAGUUGCCAACAGGUGUGAAAUAAUAAAUGCUUGACUUCAGCUUCCAUUUUCUACAAGAUAUAGAGCAGAUAUUGCGUCUCAGACUCAGAUUCCGUGGUAGAAUUUGUGUUUGAAGCAGGAAAUAAUAUAGUAUUUACACACCCAAAAAAGCUUUAUAUGCUUAGGCGUCAAUUCAGGGAAGGGCUGGCUACAUUUGACCUGGGGGAAUCCACACUGUCUCAUUACAAUCCACUCCCUAGCUUAAUUUUAUAUUAAAUGAACAUUAAAGCUUUAGAAAAACAAACCUGUAUUCCCGUCACUUUAGUAUCCCUGCCCCUGGUUACAUAAGUCGAUCUCACUCUGUGUGUGCCCUAUAAUAAAAUAAUAAAAGAGCACUUUUUAUUUUCCUUUUUCCAGUGCCAAGGCUCCCUCUGCAUUGUUUACCUCUCGUCCCCACAGUAUAUGAUUUAAUUAAUUAUUUCCAAGUAACAGCCCCUAGAGGUCUGUUUAACCCUUCAAGGUAAACAUUGACAUUUCUGAAAAACAGCAAUGUUUUACCUAGAAUGGUUAAAUUGACAGGACCACUGCACCCAGGCCAAUUGAGAUGGUGAUCCGUUAAUUGUUGUGAAGCAGGGUGGAGUGCUUUGGUUUUUAGCUUGUAGGUCCAACUACAAUAGAUAGAACUUAGCACUUUUCCUUUGUUAAUGAAUGGGAGCUCAAAGAGUGAAUUAAAUGUUUCAGCCUCUUCCAAGUUGCUGUCAAUGUCCACGUCCCCAUGAUAAAUUAAUGGGAACUGCCUGCAAUCGGAGUAACUCUUUAAGACGUUGUGAGAUAUUCAUAGCCGAACUCAGCUGUUUGGAGUUGGUGACUAUACAGUUACACUUACAACGAUCUCUUUAGAGUUAUAGAUUUAUAUAAUGCAGUCAAUGGGCCAACUUAUUUGAUAAUUUUAAGAUAUCAUACCUGGAUUAAUCAUAGGGCAAUUAAAGGUUCCACGAAGGCAGGAGAGGUUUGACACAGGCCCAGUGGCUAAGAAAAUACUUGACCAAGCUAAGUCCUGUUUAUAUAUCCCUAUGCUACGAGUGAAGUCAGAGACUAACCAUCUUAGGGCACUGCGGAGUCUCAAUCCAACGCUGAGCUUUGGCUAGGUCAUUCAAAUUAAUUUCAGAUUUAUCUGGAUUGGCUCCAAUUUGCUACCAGGUUAUUUCAUAGGGCAAUGAUUUCUGUAAAAAAAAAAGUCAACUAGAAUACUGCUUUCAUCUUUUUUUCAAUAAUUUUGAAGAUUGGAAAUACCAAAAAUUAAGCUUAGUGAGUGACCCACUAUGAUUAAGUUGUGAUCUGGCACCUUCUAAUCAUAGACUAACCCUGAAAAUCUUGACCAUUAACCAGUGACUGGCCCUGCUUAACAAGUCAAGUUUCGAAAAAUAAAAAUGUUCCAGAUUUUCUUUUCAGACCAGAAAUAGUAGCCUGAAUAAUAAUGUCACAUAAAUCCUAAACAUGCAUUGACUGAAAGUCAUGCGAUGCACAAUGCCUCUAAUUUACACAUCCACUAAAAAACAAAAUACAGCAUAAAAUCAAUGGUUUUCACUUAACACAAUAUCUGUUUGCCAUAAAUCAGUUCGUCGCACUGUAAUAAUUUCAUAAUUGUCCAACAUUCUGCAGAUGGGCCUGUUUUCUUGUAGUAGAGAAAACAAUUGGGUUUAUUGAAUAAACAGUGUUUGAUCGUGGUGCAUUGAAAACUAAACAGCAAAAUUCAGACUAAAAUAGCCAAGUUGUGACAAAUCUACAAAUUUUUUUCAAGGUUUUCAAAAGAUUGUAAUUCACUAUUUAUUGAAUAAACCCUUAUAAGUAAAAGUUAGCUAUAGCCAUGGGGUUCUUAUAGUGAACUUGUCAUGUAAAUGACGAUGACCUGGUGGAAAUGCCACUAGUAUAUGGUGCUAGAAAAAUUGCUUACAAAUAUAUAGAUAAAACGGCAGUAUAUGUCAAGAAUUCUUCUAGACCAGUGCAAAAACUGAUCCGUACUCUGUGCGGGCCAGGGCCGCAACACAUGGCGCCAGGCACCUGCGACCGCGAUAUGUACACCAGUGCAUGCAGAUACACAUACACUUAAAGGACCAUUACAGACACCCAGAUCACAUGAGCUCAAUUAAGUGGUCUGGGUGCCAGGUCCCUCUAGUUUUAACCCUGUAGCUGAAAACAUAGCAGUUUCAGAGAAACUGCUAUGUUUCACUGAGGGUUAAUACAGCCUCUAGUGGCUGUCUCACGGACAGCCGCUAGAGAUGCUUCCACAAUUCUCACUCUGAAAAUCACAGUGAGAAGACGCUGAACGUCCAUAGGAAAGCAUUGAGUAAUGCUAUGGGCGGUUUGAAUGCGCGCGCGGCUCUUGAGAGGCGGAUCGGUGCGGAGAGAUCCCAAGCAUCAAGGGAGUCCGGCGCGGGAGAAAGGUAAGUGCUUAAGACACACACACUCUCACGAACAGACGCAUACACACUAGCUAACAGACACACACACUCAGUGACAGGCUUACAUACACACUCACUGACAGACAGACACACACUCACUCACUCACAAAACACACACUCAGUAACAGACGCACACAAACUAACACACUCAGUAACAGACACAAACACACUAACACACUCUAACACUUACACACACUCUUACACACACACACACACACACUCUAACACUAACACACACUCACUAACACACACACUCACAUGCUUUUUAAAAAAAAAUUUCAUCCCCCCAGCCUCUCUACCUUUUGGAGAGCUGAGGGGAAUCCCUGGAGUCCAGUGGUGUCACGUGGCAGGCGCGCGAGGGAGCACUCUCCCCUGAGUGCUUCUUCUUCAGCUCCCUCGCGCGUUGCGUACUGAUACCGGAACCGAAAGUUGACGUCAUCUUCCGGCUCCGGCAUCAGUACGCGGAGCGUGACAGAGCUGAAGAGGAAGCACUCAGGGGAGAGUGCUCCCUUGCACGCCCACCAGCCUGCCCGCCGGGUGACACCAGGGCCAGCCUCGCAGGGCCCUGAGGUGGCCUGCUCCUGGGCCCCCCCAGGAGAAGAGGCUGGCUACAGUGGGUACAUACCGGGUCGUAGGGCGGCUGGGCCCAGUCACAGCCGCGACCCCUGCGACCCCAGUAUGUAAGCCAGUGGUCCAGGAUUUAAGGACUACUCAAUUGUGUCUAAGGUGUUUUUGGAAAAAAAACAAAAAAUACUUUAGACACAACAGGGUAAUCCCUCAAUCCUGGACUAGUAGGGGGUGCUUGAGGACUGGGUUGGGAACCCUUGUUCUAGACUAUGUUGUCAGUAAAGUAGCAAACUUCAGUUGUAUUAUAGUUUACCUCCCAAGUCAUAGAUUGGGGCUUCUUUACCUUAGUGAAGCAGUGUUGCUGUAUAGAUCAUGACCCUGCAUGCCUCACUGCUCAAUUCUCUGCCAUUUAGGAGUUAAAUAACAUUGUUUAUACAGUACUAGUCACACCUCCGUGCAUGAGACUCACACAGCCUUUCUAAACACUUCCUGUAAAGAGUCAUCUAAUAUUUAUACUUCCUUUAUUGCAAAUUCUCUUUUUAAUUUAGAAUGUAUCUAUUACUCUGUUAAUAGCUUGCUAGGCCAUGUAGGAGCCUCCUCUGUAUAAUUAAAGUUCAAUUUACAGAACUGGAGAUAACAACUUUUAAAGUUAACAUCUGAAUGAAAAUGAAAUCAUUUUGGUUUUCAUGUGUUUUCAUGCAGGCUGUGUCAGUCACAGCUAGGGAAGGUGUGGCUAGGGCUGCAAGGACAGAAACAAACGUGAUUUAACUCCUAAAUGGUACUGAAUUGUGGAGUGAGACUUCAGGGGCAUGAUCUUUACACCAAAACUGGUUCAUUAAGCUAAAGUUAUUUUGGUGCUAAUAGUGUCCCUUUAAUUGCAUAGUGAACAAAUAUCUAUAAUAUUGUCUGUAUUCCUUUAUUAAAAUUGGCAUGGUAAUGGGGAAGGGGAAAAGUUAGUCAGACAAAAGGAUGAUCCCAGUUUUGUGCCUCAAAGGCAAAGUGAUAUGUGGCUGUGGGAUACUUUUUAUAUGACAAUAGUAAGAUGCUAUUUCACACAUCUUGGCACUGAUGUCCAGUAAUAGUUCUGCUUUCAGUAAGUGACAGAAGUGACCUUUUGCAGUACUUGCAGUGAAUGAUUGGAAUGGCUCUUGGCAUUUGUGACACAGGAUCGUCUGGCCUAAUUUCAAAAUGUUUUAUAAGAGUUUGCCCAGAACGUUAUGAUCUAUUUUCAGACUCCCUUAAAGAUUCUUUUGCUGUGGGUUACUAUGCGUAACCCUUUCGGGGCCUGACACACCACAACACUUUUAAUUUUCCCACAUUUUUAUCAAAGAAUCAUUACUUUAGUAUUUUUCCCUUUUUAAUAGUUUCUGCAUUGAGAAAUUAUUUCCACUAAGAACAUUUUGUCUUCUCAAUGAGUCCUCUCUUUUGAUUGUUGCUUCCCUUGUUUAGUUGAACUCAGUGUCACUUUUUAAAAGAUUUUAAAUUCGGCUGUUUGCUAGAAAUUAUCAGUAUGUUGUUAGCAACUCAAAAUACUAGAUUUAUGUUGUUAUGUGACCUGGGCAGCAUUAUGAAAUUGAGAUUUUCUAGCAUAUCAUACACAUUGCAUUGGUUACAAAGUGACACAUAGAAACAGUUAAUUGCAGCAUAAAUGACAAAAUGUUGCCUGGUAUUGUAGCUGUGCAUGAUGAGUAACCCUUUCUGUUUGCCUCCUGCAGGAUCUGGAGUACCUGUCAGAGGGUUUGGAGGGCCGGUCCAGUAGUCCAGCUGCUCUCCUCUUUGACACACUGCUCCGGCCAGAGACAGAUUUUUUAGGUGAUGUGGAUUCGGUUCUUAACUGGAAACUGGAGCCGGAGAAAGCAAUCACUCACCUGGUGCUGGGGAGAGAUCCCCCUGGAGGUGCCUGGAAUGUAAGUGGACUGGUUAAAUAUUACUGCUUAAAUCCAGAAUGUCAUGAGAUGCACUACCUCUACUUUAAUAGCCAGGAUCGGAUUAUAGCCAUGUGUAUCACAGCUCUGAGCUUAACAUUAUGUGUUUUUAUUUUAGGCCAUUGAGGGAUCUAUGAUCACACUCAGCCGUGGAGACUGGAUGGGCCUCCCUGAUUUGCCUUUCAAAGAAUGGAUACGCAUGAAAAGGAGGUGAGUACUUUAAGCACACUCUCUCUUUUCUUGAAUAAUACACGUCACACAGUUAGGAUCCUUAAUGUCUUCAUUCAAAAUAAUUUUCUAUGAUACAUUUAAGAAUACAUAUAGAUUAUGUGGUGCAUUUUGUUGCUACAAGAAUCCUCCAAAAUGUCUAUAAUAAGAGCUUUAAGUAGAGGGAAAAAUCACACAAACACCUGACCAAUCAAAUACGCUCUUCUGAUUGGCUGCUUUAAUCAACACACAGGUAGAAUGUAGAUAAUGGUCAUUGACCAGUAUUAGUUUAAAAUAAUUUUCUUUUCUACAAUUCCAUGCACAUAUUACGUCAUAGGCUUUGAGUUCUGCCCAUGCUAGUAGGUAGUUUGACCAAUCAUGAGCUUCUAAUUAUGGACUGUGGAGUCCGAACUCUCAACUGUGUAACCCAGCACUGCAACUGUUUAACUCUUUUGCUGUUUAACUCUAGAAAUGAUACUGGUGAUGGUCACAAGUACAUAACUCACUUGAUAUCAAAUUACAUAACUCACUUAAUAUAAAAUUGUCAAAAUUCCUGUUUAACUACACACUGUGUAGGGGAGGAUUGAUGACUCAGCACAGCUUCUGUCCUGCGUAGAGCAGAGUUGUCUGGAUCAUGUAGUUCAGUUAUCAGCUUUCAACUAAUGGUACUUAGAAACCUUUGUUGUACUUCCUGGUGACAUACAAAUAUGUCACCCAACAGAGAAGUCUGUUUCUCAAGAAAUUUAGCAGGGGAAAAAAAUAAGAAUCGCUCACAUUUUUGAGGUGGUAGUCAUUCUAUUGAAAAUACCAUUUUAAGAUAGAAGGCAUCAAUAUUUAAAUUAUUUUAAAAGUAAACAAAAAAAGCAGAAAUUUCUAGUCCUCAGUAGAAGACUUUUUAAAAUGUUUAGCAUUCGCAUGUAACAACUACCAGACACUUUCAACAAGACAAAAUGCUACUUAAAGCAGCCGCAUGUGACACUGUAUGAGAUGUGUGCAUCCAAAAAACUUAUUAUUCCAGUAGGUGUAUAGAUUAAGCUAAGAGCAUCUAUGCAAUAAUAAUGUGAACAUGUUUAAGAACAGAUGUGAUAAAAUUAAAACUCAAUUUUCAAUUGGGAAUUUCAAUUGGGACUGAAACUGGUUCCUUACUCCAAACUAUCUUUAAGGACCGCUAUAGGCACCCAGACCACUUCAGCUUAAUGAGGUGGCCUGGGUGCCAGGUCCAGCUAGGGUUAACCCUUUUUUUUUUUUUUUAUAAACAUAGCAGUUUCAGAGAAACUGCUAUGUUUAUAAUAGGGUUAAUCCAACCUCCAGUUGCUGUCUCUUGACAGCCGCUAGAGGCACUUGCGUGCUUCUCACUGUGCCCUGAGAGUGCCCCCAACCUCAGGGAGGGGGGCCCUGAGGGUGGGGGCACCCUCAGGGCACUAUAGUGCCAGGAAAACAAGUAUGUUUUCCUGGCACUAUAGUGCUCCUUUAAUUUUCCAAGUGAUAAAUGUGGGAACUGAAAAAGCUACAUAGAAAUAGUGACUAUUAUGGUGGAAUCAUUUAUUGCAUGAUUGAAAUUAAAGAUGUCCUUUUGAAAUAUCUGGUGGACGGUUAUUGUGACACCAUAGUUUGUUUUAGGGAAUGCUAAUAAUGAUCAGCUAGAUCAGCUAGGGAGAUGUAAUACAGCAUUCAUUCUCCUAACAACCAGUUUGUUUUUUAAUUCACUUGUAGGAAUCUCAGAAAUGAUAGAUCUACUGCAGGUGACAUUCUGAAUUAUUACCGAUAUUACGUAAAAAAGAAGGGCCUUGAAGAAAAUUUUGUAUCUGGUACAAUGGUCACAUCAGUGGUCAAAGUUAACAGAAGUACUGUCAACUGUCGUGAGAAUGAGAUAUUCCAGAUGGAGGUCCCAUAUGCAGAGGACAGUGAAGAGGACAGAAGUAUGUUCCAAGUGAAUGGUUUUUUUGAAAAUGAGUUUGGGACCAAGCAGGAUUUUUGUGUCUAUGCAGAGAAGGUGAUACUUGCUACAGGUACCUAUGACAGUCCAUCAUGGUUGGGGGUCCAAGGAGAAGACCUCCCAUUUGUGUCACACCAAAUUUCUGCCCUGGAGGAGGCAGUGAAGACACACCAAGUAAAUCCACAUUCAGACCCCGUUUUGAUUAUUGGGGCGGGUCUGACUGCUGCUGAUGCUGUUUUGCUCGCUCAUCACUACAACAUUCCUGUCAUCCAUGCUUUCAGAAGGCGUGUUAAUGACCCAGCUCUCAUUUUCAACCAGUUGCCUCAAGUUAUGUAUCCAGAGUACCACAAAGUACAUCAGAUGAUGAAAGAACAGUCAGUUUUCAAAGGUGGUCCUUACCACGGUUACAUCAGCCUCCCUGAGCAUUAUGUAACAAGCUUCCAUAGUGACAAGAAAUGCAAUUUUAAGGACAAACUUGGUCAGUGCAAAACAUUUAAUAUCUCAAUGGUCCUUAUUCUCAUUGGUUCUAACCCUAACCUUUCCUUUCUUCCAAAUAAUGGCACUAUGUUGGCUAUAGCCACCAAUGAGCCAGUCAACUCCAAGAGGAACCCUCUGGAUAUUGAUCUAUUUACAUAUGAAUGUAUCCAGGAAAAGGGACUUUAUGCAGUUGGGCCCCUGGCUGGAGACUAUUUUGUGCGAUUUGUACAAGGAGGUGCAUUAGCUGUUGCAAGUUCCCUUAUUAAAUCUCAGAAGAGGCCUCCUUAAUUAUGACAAUCACACAUUCUUUGUUAUACUCUAGGGGCUGAAGUUCAACUCAGCAGUCCCUACAUCAGGCUCCUACAAAGAGCAAAAGCAGGGUUCUUAGACAUUCCAUCAUGACAAUUUGAAUUGAAACCAGAUUAAAAAAAACUGUCAAACAGCAAGGCUGGGUCAAGGGUGCUUUAUAGUCCUACAUUAUGGGGGGCUGCAACACUACAAGUGAAUGCUUCUUUUUUUAAAACAUUAUUAGCUUUAAAGUUUUGUCUAAAAUAAAACAGAAUCUACUUCCACAAAUAACAUCACAUCUAUUUUUCUAUUGAAAAGAAAACACUUGUUUUUAAAGGUGUGUCUCAUCAAUAGAAGAUCCUAUGUAUUUUGGGGGAGGAAAAAUGGUUUAUUACAUUUUGCAGUUUACAAGUUAAAAUUGUUGCUUAUGCAUCAAAAGGGCCAAACUAGUAGCAUACUUUUUUUCCACGUAAGUUGGCUACUUUUGGAAUAAAUGGAAAAUGGAAGUACAGUGCUCAAUGUACCUUACAUGGUAGCUGAGCGUCUGUUUGUUAGACAAGAAGUGUAUCAGAGAAGGUGUAAAAUCUACAUCUACAACACUUGAACGAUAGUUUUGCAACUAUUAAUACUUAUUUACAACCACACUUUAUUUUAUGAAAGAACAUAUGUGAAUCAACUUACCAGCAGAAUAUCCGAAAAGUCCUAGAUAAUGCACAUUUGCCAAUUAAUAUCAAAUUAAGUUUAUGUAGAGAAGGGAACGUUCAGUUAUUGUCGCGGCCCCUGGCUCACGGCAAGGUGCGGUCGGGCCGACCGGCACGAUCACACCGACUAACUGAGUUUACCUGCUCAGCAGCGAGUCGGGAGCCGCUCCGCCGGAUAUUCUGGAGCACCUGCCCUAAAGAAAAAUGGCGCCGACCACGCGGUCGCGGCCAUUUAUAGCCCCGCCCCCAGACAAAGGUGUGUGUGAUAUCACAACGUCAACGCACAUGCACGUCCUGCGGUCAGAGGUCACCAUCUGACCAAUCAUAGUCAAAAGAGGGAUAUUUAAAUCUCUGGAGCUACCCAGUGCGUUUUUUGUUCCUAUUAUUGCUUUUCCCUGUAUAUUGACCUUGGCUAUUCCAGACUAUUCUGAUUUCUGGUUUCCCAGACUUGGCUUGUUUAAUGGUAUUGUGUAUUUCUGGCUUCCUUGAUCUCGGCUAUACCUUGACCAUUUUCUGUCUUUAACAUAUUAGUCCGGCCAUUCUAAGGACCGGUUUCCGUUCUGUCUUUUUCCUUUCUGUUACAUAGUUUUGCGUGCUGGACCACACUAGCAGUCAUGACAUUUAUUUACAAAAGGGUGCACUUGCUAAAAAUUCUAAGUGAAUUCAAAGUUUCGGACAAACUAUUAAAUAAACUUUUAAAUAUAGUUGUUUUGGAGAAUUUCGAUUGUUUGCAAUUUUGGACUAUAAUUUUAAAAUUCAAUUUGAAUUCACAAUUCAAACUUUAGUGAAUAAACAGGUCUAUGGUAAUAGACUAAUUAUGUUUCCUUUGAAGACAGCAACUUAAUAAAAACAGAAAAAAGUUAAACGGUAGCCUCAUGCAAUUUACAAAGAAAGUGUUAUUAAAAAUUAAUACAAAGAGAAAAUUACAAUUCUCUUAUAAUUACUAUUAAAAUACAGAUAGUGAGUCCUGUCAGCAGUUUAUUUGAUGUGUUAUGCAACACUAAAUCCAAAACAAACAUUUUGCUGAAAGAUAUCGUAGUUGCCUGAAACAGAGACAUCUUGACAGCUUAUGGCCAAAAAGAAGAUGUUAACAAAAUGUUCAGGUUUUGUCGAUGCAUUAAUUCAUAAAUGUUUUAUAAACGUUUAACAGUAAUACAGAUGUCAAACUAAUUAAUGGAGAUCUAACAGUUAACAUUAGGAAAAUAAGAGGGGUGUUUAUAAACAGAAUUGGUGGGAUCAGCCUCAAAAGAGACAGAUUGGCCAAAAAUGUAUUAAAACUGAUUAUGAAUGUCCAGAACUAGAUGCCAUUCACCCCCAUCGCUCCCCUCCACUAGAAGGUCAGAGCCUCAUGUUAGACUCACCAAACAUCAUAUACUACUAGAAUAUAUUAACUACAAACCACAAAGUCUUGACAAGAUACAUGAAGUACUGUUUGAAAAAAAUAACUUAAAGCUUGAAACAUAAAAUGUGGGUACAAUAUUAAACAGAUAAAAUAGCAACAUAAAAUGAUAAUGAUUUGUUUUUUAAAUUUUUCUGAAAAACCAACUGUAUACUAUUAUUGGUAAUGUUUACCAUGCUGUUAUGUAAAAUGGAAAUGUAAGUUAUAAAAACAAUUGUAACCUAUUUUCCAAACACUUUGUAUUUUUAUAUGAAUAUAUUUUGCAACUGCAAUAAAAACAUUUUACAAAAA